GGUAUAAAGGUUUGACCAUUUGAUCAGAGAGACUAUUUUGCGAGUGGCAAAGUGCAACCGCGAAAGAGAGUCUAUUUUUUCAACUGGUUCAAGCAUUCCACAAAGCCGCCAGACAUGGGAGUGGUCAGAUGGCUAGCCCUGCUGACGGUGGCUACUCUGGCCGUGCAGGCGGCAGUAGCGAAAAAUGCAGACUGUGGAGAGUUGGAGGACUGGCAGGAGUGUCUCUGUUCUAAUGACGACUACCAAGUCAGACACUUGCACAGGGGACUUUGGGUCUCCACAACCGUGCACGACAAGUCCCUGACCACAGCGUACAAUAAUGCACGCUUCCGCUUGUCCAAGUUCCUCAAUGGCAACAAUGACCGGGGAACGAAGAUCCAGCGACAGUCGCCGUACGUCUUACAGACCUUCAGUGGGAAGGAAGACAAGCGAGAAGUCACUGUCUCUGUUCUGCUUCCUAAGAAGCUGUGGAAGAUGCCACCUAUUCCAAAAGACUCUAAGGUGGUCUUGGAAAUCAUUCCAGAAACGAUCAUGUACGUCAGGAUCUUCCCUCAAAAGGCUGCUGGUUUCGUGGCCGACAGGGAGGCAAAGAGAUUUUUCCAGUUGCUCAUCAAGAACGAGGAACCUAUCAUUGGUGUGGAUGACUACUACUACAUCUUCCAGUACAAGAGGUCAUCCUCCAAGCCCUCAGUCAACGAGAUUGCCAUUUUCGCCACCAACAAGCACCUCCACGAGUUCUACAGCAUGGCGGAGGGAGUGGACAAGAGUGACACCAGGCUCCCCAGAUGCCUCCAGAGAGACUGCAGCCCCAACCACGACACCUGCGGCGUGCACAGCGUGGUCACAUGGUCCAAGGAAGAUGAUGUCAUCAACGUAGAUUUGGAACGAGAGUGUCAGAAGGACCUGUGUACUGUUUCUCAUGCCUGUGAAUACAAACUGGAGAAAAGCUACACACCCAGCACAGAAGUGCGGAAGUAUUUGGAACCACAUCUGCUGCUGGUUCCAGUUGACACAUGUAAUGUAGAGGAUGUGAAUGCGCUGGGUCAACCUAUUCUAUUUGAGUAUAUGAAAGAUCUUGGCUUGAUGAAGGAGUUCUCCCAGAUGUACGUCAGCAUUGCAACAUGGGCCAGGGAAAAUACCUGGAAUAAGAAAUCCUGUCCCAACCAAUUUGGCUACUUGUAUCCUGUUCCCGCAGACUUCAAGGGUGAUGCUACGGAAGCAGUCCUGAAGUUGUCUUAUAAAAACUACAAGACGGCAGUCAAGUGUAUGGCUGGGUACGCUGAUGAAAAGACGUUGUUCGACAUGGCGCAUAGACUGCGUGAGGAUCUGCACAAGUUUGGUGUGGACCACUGUGCUGGCAGCUUCAAUAUUGGCCAGUAUAAUAGCCAGUCACGACUUUUCAAUAGGCUGAAUGAGGUGCUGCUUGAUGUUAAGCCUUCCUGCAGUUGGCACGAAGGUGACCCCAUUGUAGACUUCAGACUUCCUGAGAACAGACUUGCAUCUGUGGAGCCCCUGAGGGUUGGACAUCACUGUGAUCAUUCUGAUGAUGAGGACCAUCAUCACUCCGACUGCCUGGUACCCCAGACUGUGAAGCACUACGGGAAAAUUGAGGAGAAGAUAUACAACAAAGCUGGUGCAGUCUUUGUCACUAUUAAGGAAUGCAGUGCAGAAGCUGCUGAGAGGAAAGCUAUGAGCAUCAUCCUUAAGUACAUCAAUGGUCACAACAAAGAGGACGUCAGUCUGAAGAUCCUCAAGCCAAUCCUCACCCUGACUCCCAGAACCUGGAUUUCUCACCAUGAGGCUGAUGACUGUGACUUGGAAUACGCCACCAUCGCCUUUUUACCAGAAGAACAACAAGACAGUCCACCAGAGCCUCUUGAUGACAAAGUAAUCACUGUAAAGGCUGGUGACUUUGUAGCGUAUCAACUGCCGUACCACGUUCCACCCGGAGAUGAGGUGUUUGGGCACCACUUUGAGGAACUGGCUCGUAACAUGUCUUUAUCUAUGAAUGACUUGGGCUUGGCAGGGAAAUACUUCAAGACUGGUGGAGUUGCAGACUAUGACAUGGGCAGUGAUACCGAUGGGGAGCACUUCAAGGAGAUCUGGUUCCUGAAACGGAGUGAUGUAUUAGAGCCCUUCUUCAGGGGGUCUCCAGAAGACAGGACCUACCCUGAGGGUUGUCCCAGUGACACCUGCUAUGUACCAGAGAUCCUGGGGGAAAAUGCUGGAUUCAUUGAACACAAGUUCCACAAUGACUACUGGGUAUGUAUACAGAGUAGUGAUCACACUUGUGACCAUCCAAGUAUGAGUCGCUCCAUGGUGAAAGCCGUUCUAGAGUACUUCACUGGUAGCAACGAGGCUGGUGCUAAGGCCAACAAGUUUGUGGAGCCUGCUGUUCGUACGCACACCUUAAAGACACCCCCGGCUGAGAGGGCUGCAGGUACCUGUAAGGACACGUUUGAGCUCUGUGCACCUGUACCAAAGGGCUUCUCAGAUGGAGAGCCUCCUGCACCAACAAAUGAUAAGGUGGUGAUUAAGAAGGGAGAGAGUCUACAAACUUAUGUAGUGAAGAAAUCUGGGUCCGUGGCCCAGGGGUUGAUAGAUGAAGCCCUGAAGGAUGUCCGUGAGAGCCUGGAUAAACAUGGGAUGCUGUAUGAUCAGUCUGUAGAUGUUGUCUACACAUACAUUGGAAAUGGAUGGUCUGAAGAUGAGGAACAUCAGAACUUCUACGCUGGCUAUGCCAUGGCACCGUGGGGCAAUGGACUUGGAACAGCGGACGUUGUUAAUAUUUUCCCAUCAGACUGUCCACAUGACACCUGUUUCGUCCCAGAGAAAAUUGCAGAACAUCACGGAUUUGCAGAGCACAAGUUCAACAUUGGAAACUUUGCUUGUGCGAAGGGUGAAGUAGAAGACUGUGCCAACCCAGCAAUCACCGCACCUAUUUUCACUGCCAUCAGGGGUUACUUUGAGGGCAAGAAUGAGGCAGAGGCAACAGCAGGCAUUAUACAGCCUGGUGUUUUUACUUGGACUUACAAGACAGGAAAGGCAGAGAUCGCUGCUGGUAAAUGCAGGGACUUGUAUGAGUUUUGUGUGCCUAUUCCACGGGACUUCUCGGACAACAAGAUUCCAACUCCCACUGAAGAUGUGGUUUACAUCAAGACAGGAGCAUCCCUGCAGACAUAUGUGACAAGAAAGAUGGGAUUCAGAGAUUCUGAGACAUACGCAGCAGCAAUUGCCAGAGUGCGCAAGGGCAUGGAUGUGGAGGGUCUGGAAUAUGACCAGAGUGUUCAUGUUUACUAUGGGUUUGGUGGACUUGCUGAGGAAGGUGAUUUUGGAGUGCUAUUUGCUGGCUUCGCCAUGCCUCCAUGGGGCAAUGGACUUGCAAAUGAAGUUGCUGUAUUCCCUGCUGACUGUCCAAAUGAUCUCUGCUUCCCACCAACAGACCUUGGAGAACAUGACGGUCUGAUUGAACACAAGAUUGAUGCCGAUAACUGGGUUUGUACAAAGAAGGCUGUGACCAACUGCACAGAGUGGGUGGAUCAUAAAGAUAUGUUUCCAACCGUCAGGAGAUACUUUACCGGCAGCAACACAGCAGGACUGACCGCUGAUCUUAUCUUCCCCGCACCCACCAGUUACAUAUCGAAAACAAAUGAGACUGAGAUUGCUGCUGGCAUCUGCAAAGAUGAGUUUGAGUUCUGUGUGCCCCUCCCAAGGGAAUAUCAGAAGAAGGAACCACCAGCACCCACAGAUGAAGGGGUUUACAUCAAGAAGACUAAAGGCUUCAAGUCAUACGUCGUGAUGAGGAAAGGAUUCAAAACACAUGAAGCCAUUCUGAAAGCCCUGAAGACUGCACGUAGGAGCCUUGAUGAUCACGGAGUCAACUAUGACUCGAGUGUAGAUGUGGUGUACACUUACACUGGACCAGCUGAGGAAGAAGACUACCAGGUGUUCUUUGCUGGGUAUGCUGAUCCUGACUGGACCGAUGGACUCGGCAAGGGACUGACAGCUUUCCCCGAGGACUGUCCAAGUGGCACCUGCUUCUUACCCAAUGCUGUUGACUCCCAGAAGCACAAGUUUACUGCAAAGUACUGGAUUUGCUACCAGAGUCCGGUGUACAACUGUGGUGAGCCAGAUCUGGACCCGUACAUCUUCCAUGCCGUCAGGAGUUAUUUUGAAGGGAACAACAAAGCAGGAAUAACGGCUGACAUCAUCCUACCUGGUAUCACCACUUACAUAGCCAGAACAUCCCAAGCUGAGAGGGUUGCUGGUGUAUGCAAGGACGUCUUUGAAUUUUGUGUCCCCUACCCAAGGAACCUGGAGUAUCAACAUCCUCCUGAACCCAAGAGUAAAAUGGUGUACGUAAAGAGUGCAGAAAAGCUCCAAACAUUCGUCACCAGAAAGUCAGGAUUCCCGACCCAGGAAGCCAUUAAUAAGGCUCUGUCAGAGGUUCGCAAGAGCCUGGACAAAAAGGGACUUUCAAACGACCAGUCAGCCAAUGUGUUCUACAACUUUGAUGGCCUGAUGGAAGACCGAGAUUAUCAGGUGUUCUUUGCCGGGUAUCCCAAGGCUCCUUGGGGAGACGGACUUGCGACUGUGGUUGAGGAAAUCCCGCCAAGCUGCCCAAACAAAACAUGCUUCGUCCCAGAAAUAGUUCAAACACAUGGACCGUUCUUGGAGCACAAGUUCGAUGCUGAGAACUGGGUUUGUGUGAAGAGGAAUGUGAUCCACUGCAGACAGCCUGAGCUCUCCCCAUCCAUGUACAAGUCCAUCCGGAGCUACUUCCAGGGUAACAAUGAUGCAGGCAAGAAGGCAGACAUCAUCCUCCCAGGAAUCACUACUUACAUCUCUAACACUACGGAGAUCGAGGCAGCCGCACAGCUCUGCAGAGACAUCUAUGAGUUCUGUGUACCUCUGCCUGAGGACUUUACAGAAGAGUCCAUUCCUUCUCCAACUGAGCAAGGGGUUUACAUUAAGGAGGGGGCAAGCCUACAGACUUUUGUGACAUCACGGGCAGGAUACAGAACCCAGGAAGCAAUCGAAGAAGGUCUCAAGGACGUACACAGACGGUUGGAUAGGGAGCAGCUUGGGUAUGAUCAGACUGUUGAUGUGGUUUACACCUAUGCUGGACCAUCCGAGUCUGCGGACUACCAGAUCUACUUCGUCGGUUACGCCAAGGCUCCUUGGGGAAACGGACAUGGAGAUACACCAACAACCUUCCCAGACAGCUGCCCAAGUGACACCUGUUACCUUCCAGAGGUUCUGUCAGAAAGAAAGGGUUUCAAGGAACACAAGUUUAAUGCUGAGAACUGGGCUUGUGUGCAGCACAAUGUGACAGACUGUGGGAAUCCCCAGAUCACUAGCUCUAUGGGCAAGGCCAUCAGGGACUACUUCAGUGGCAAGAAUGCAGAUGAACUGAAAGCAGAUAUAAUCUACCCUGGUCUCAGUACUCUCUCAUGUCUGACAACUAAAGCUGAGAAGGCGGCAGGUAUCUGUAAAGACCUGUUUGAGUUCUGUGUGCCGCUGCCGAAGUCAUUCCUGGAAGGGGAUGCUCCUCCUGCUCCAACUGAGGACCUGGAAGGGGUUUACCUCAAGACAGGCAGUCUACAGGCAUAUGUGACCAGGACAACAGGGUACAGAACCCAGAAGGCCAUCGGAAAAGCUCUGAAGAGAGUUCGCAAGAGCCUGGACAAACAUAACCUUGACUAUGAUCAGACCGUUGACGUGGUGUACACCUAUGGCGGACCGAACGAGGAUAAAAGGUAUGAGGUGUUCUACGCUGGGUUUGCCAAGGCACCUUGGGGAAACGGGCGCAGACAGACUGUUGUGGACAUCCCCGCCAGCUGUCCUAGUAGCAGCUGCUUCGUCCCAGAAACCAAGGAAGCCCACAGCAUGCUGGAACACAAGUUUGAUGUCGAAAACUGGGUGUGUGUGAAGAGGAAUGUGAUCCACUGCGGUCCUCCAGAACUCUCUGCUUCUAUCUUUGAGAGUAUCAGGGCUUACUUCAGUGGUGGCAACAAGGCAGGGAAAACAACUGAUGCCAUCAUGCAGCCUGGUGUCAAAACUCUGACAGCAAAGACAGGAAAGAAAGCGGCUGCUGGUUUUGAGUGCCACGACACCUUUGAGUUCUGUGUACCUCUGCCUGAACAGUUCAGUGACCUGCCUGCUUCCACUGUGCCAGGGGUUUAUCUGAAGACAGGAGCAAAGCUUCAUACGUAUGUGUCAAAGAGGACUGGCUUCGAAACACAGACAGCGAUUGACUCAGCCCUGCACCACGUUGACGACUGUCUUCACAGACACGCUCGUGAAUUUGAUGAGACUGUUGAUGUUGUCUACUCCUUCACUGGCGCAACUGAAGCCCAUGACCACAAAGUAUUCUACGUGGGCUAUGCCAAGGCACCGUGGGGAGACGGACUGGGAAACGGAGUCCUGGCCACACCAACAGACUGCCCUAGCAACACCUGCUUCCUCCCAGAAAUCACUGCAGAACACAAGGACAUCUUUGAGCACAAGUUUCAUGUUGAAAACUGGGUUUGUGUGAAGAGGGUGAUGACUGACUGUAGUAAGCCGGACUUCUCUACAGCUGACUUUAAGUACAUCAGGAAGUACUUCAGUGGCAACAAUGCAGCAUCACUCAAGGCUGAAGUCAUUCUUCCUGGAGUCACUACUUACACAAAGAAAACCCCAGAGGAUGACAUUUCUGCUGGUAUCUGUAAGGAUGUGUAUGAGUUCUGUGUGCCUGUACCAAGAGACUUGAAGGGAGACCCUCCAGCUCCUACUGAUGAAGGGGUUUACAUCAAGAAGGGAGCCAGUCUGCAGACAUUUGUCACAAAGACGAAGGACAGGAGAACCCAGGCUGCGAUCAACGAAGCUCUGACCACCGUACGGGAGGACCUGAACACACAUGGGCUGGACUAUGAUCAGACUGUUGACGUGGUGUACUCGUACCAUGGGCCGAGUGAAGACCACGACUAUCAGGUGUUCUUUGCAGGCUAUGCCAAGGCACCGUGGGGUAACGGACUUGGAGAGGGCGUUGUGGCCUUCCCCAAAGACUGCCCAAACAAUAACUGCUUCUUGCCUGAAGUUCUUAGUGAAGAUGAUGGCUUCAUCGAGCACAAGUUUGAUGCUGGAAACUGGGUUUGUGUGCACAAGGAGGUGACAGACUGUAGCCAUCCCCAUCUGGACCAGUCUAUGUCCACUGCCAUCAGGAACUACUUCAAGGGAGAAAAUGAGGCAGGCAAGACUGCAGACCUCAUUCUGCCUGGAGUCACUACUAUGACACAUAAUGGCAGCACCUGCCCCACCAUGUUUGAGUUCUGUGUUCCACUGCCGAAGGACAUGCAGGAAGGGGAACCACCUGCACCAACUGACAAGGGGGUGACGAUCAAGAAGGGUGCCAGUCUCCAGGCAUACGUGACCAGAAGGACAGGAUUCAGGGACCAGAAGGCCAUCAAUGACGCCCUGUACGCUGUCACUGACAGGCUAGACAAAAAUGGUCUGGAAUAUGAUCAGACAGUUGAUGUGGUGUACACCUAUGCUGGUCCGAGCGAGUCCCAGGAGCACCAGGUGUUCUUUGCUGGUUACGUCAAGGCUCCCUGGGGAGACGGCCUGGGAAAGGGUGUGGUCGAUUUUCCCUCCAGCUGUCCAAGUGACACCUGCUUCCUCCCAGAAACUGUGGGAGAGAAGGAAGGAUUCGUGGAGCACAAGUUUGAAACUGAAAACUGGGUAUGUAUGAAGGAGGAUGUGAGAAGGUGCGGACAUCCGGAACCAUCCAUGGAUACCUUCCAGGCUAUCAGGGGAUACUUCAGUGGCAAGAAUGAUGCGGAAAAGAAGGCAACCUAUGUGUUCCCUGGAGUUACUUCAGUCACAUUGUCUAAAACUGUGCAGCGUGACCGUGCCAUCGGAAUCUGCAAUGAUGUGUUUGAGUUCUGCGUCCCUCUGCCCAAGGACUGGCCACAGGACGAGCCACCAGUUCCCUCUGAUGAACAUGUUUAUAUAAAGAAGGGAGCAUCUCUGCAGGCGUAUGUGACCAGGAGGAUAGGCUUCAGGACACAGGAAGCCAUCAGUGCGGCACUGCAGACUGUACGAGACAGCUUGAACAGGCAUGGGCUGCAAUAUGACCAGAGUGUUGACGUGGUCUACACCUACACUGGGCCGACUGAAAACCAGGGCUAUGGGGUCUUCUUUGCUGGAUAUGCUAAGGCUCCAUGGGGCAACGGACUUGGGGAGGGAGUGGUCGACUACCCGUCUACCUGCCCCAGUGACACAUGCUUCCUGCCAGAGGUCGUCAGCGAAAACGAAGGAUUCAUCGAGCACAAGUUUGCUAUUGAAAACUGGGUUUGUGCGGAGAGACAGGUCUUUGACUGCGGAGAGCCUGAGCUGAGCCCAUCCAUGUACAGAGGCAUCAGGAGAUACUUCAGUGGUUACAACGAGGCCAAGGCAACAGCAGAUAUUAUAGUGCCUGGUCCCUCCAGUUACAUAGCAAAGACAAGCACUUACGAAAGAGACAUUGGUGUCUGCAAUGAUGUGUUUGAGCUCUGUGUACCAGUCCCUGACAGUCUGAACGAUGGAGAACCACCCGCUCCCACAGAAAAGGGGGUUGUGUUGAAGAAGGGAGCUACCCUGCACACCUAUGUGACCAGGAGGACCGGAUACCUGACACAAGGAAUGGUCGAAGAAGCAUUGGAUAGUGUGCAGCACAGCUUGGAUGCACAAGGACUUGACUAUGAUGCUAGUGUUGAUGUGGUGUACGACUUCAUGGGACCAACCGAACAAGAUGACUACAUAGUCAACUUCAUUGGGUACGCCAAGGCUCCCUGGGGAGGUGGGCUGAGGAACGAAGUGAAGGAAUUCCCAGAGGACUGUCCCAGCGACACUUGCUUCCUUCCAGAAACUGUGGGGGAGACAGAUGGUUUAAUCGAGCACAAGUUCACUGCAGAAAACUGGGUGUGCGUGCAGAGGAAUGUGAUAGAUUGUGGUGAGCCGGACCUUUCUCCAUCGAUGUUCGAAAGCCUCAGACACUACAAGAUUGAAGCAGGAAUGGACACCGGCACAUAUCAACCUGGUCUCACUGCUUUGAUGUCCAAAACUGAGGGAGCUGACAAGCUUGCUGGUUCCUGUAAGGAUAUGUUUGAGUUCUGUGUGCCUCUGACCAAGGACUUCCAGGAGGGAGACCCACCAACUCCCACAGUCAAGGGGGUUGUGCUGAGGAAGGGAGUGAGCUUGCAGACGUAUGUGGUGAAGAGAACUGGAUACAGGAGCCAGGAGGCCAUCGACGGAGCACUCCACAGUGUUCGUGAGAGCUUGGAGGGGUCCGACACGGAGUAUGAUCAGACUGUAGAUGUGGUCUACUCCUUUGCUGGGCCGACUGAAAACUCUGACUACCAGGUGUACUUCGCUGGUUAUGCCAAGGCUGGAUGGGGAGGUGCAGAGUAGCAGGGAACAUGAGAUCUAUCUGUAGCAGAAUCAUUCUUUUUAGUUGCCAAUUCCUUCAGCAAGAAGAAAGAGCAGUACUCUGAAAUAGAAACAUUUUUGUUGUCAACAACAUUACUUACAAAUGUAGAUGAUGUAGCUGAUAUGAUUAUGCAUAGCACUAGUACUAGGUUAUAAGAGCUUGGUAGAAAUGUUCAGUUUGAAUUUACAUAUUUUUGCACUGUAAUUACAGAAGAAAUGUUACUAUGAAAUUGAUACUUAAAUCUUAAAGUCAACAAUGUCAACAACUUUGAAUUCAGUUAGAUACUAGUUAGGCCAUAGCUUGGUAAAGUAUGCAAUUCAAGUAAAAAAAUUGAAGUUUACAAAUCAACUACUAUAUAAGUAAAUCAAAAAGGUUCUUUUGCAGUAAUCAUUUCUGUGCAAGGCAAUGAUUCUAAGGUAAUAUUGUUAGCAUCUAGUUCCUAUGCCAGACAUGUUAGGCAAUAUCUGUUUGUGUGCUUUUAUAAGAAUGUAAUUAGUGUCUGAAUAAAGAGGAAUCAAACAAGA